CAAAAGAACCUCCACUUUCACGUGCUGAGCAAAAAGCUGCAAGGUCACUCCAUGUGAGUACAAGCCUCCACCUAACAUUGAAGCAUAAAUUAACAAAGCUGCACUUGGAACUUCCUCUCCAUCUUCAGCCCUGAGAAAAGAAGAAGAAGAAGCGAAACCAUGACGACCGCAUCAGAAAUGUGGAGUAACCUCGGCUCGGUCAUGGCCGCGCUGGUGUUCGCAUGGGCCAUGUUCAAGCAAUACUUCCCUUCCCAGCUCCGCACGCACAUCGAGGCCUAUGCUCACAAGGCCGUCGGUCAUAUCUACCCGUACAUCCACAUCAAGUUCCCGGAGUUCGCAGGCGAGCGGCUCGAGCGGUGCGAGGUCUUCACCGCGAUCCAGAACUACCUUAGCGGGAGCGCCUCCGCCAGGGCCAGGCGGCUCAAGGCCGAGUCCAUUAAGGACAGCCGGUCACUCGUCCUCAGCAUGGACGAGAACGAGGAGGUCGUCGACGAAUUUGAAGGGGUCAAGCUCUGGUGGUCGUCGAACCUGAUUGUCUCCCAGAAGCCCACGUUUUCCUGGUUCUCAUCGUCUGAAGAUAGAAGGUUCUAUACGCUGACCUUCCACCGAAGCCAGCGGGAGUUGAUCAUGGGCUCUUACAUAAAGCACGUCCUGGAAAAGGGGAAGGUGGUGGCUGCCGAAAACCGGAAGCGGAAGCUCUUCACGAACAACCCGAGCUCAAACUGGGGCCACUACAAGGGGGGCAAGUGGAGCCACGUGGCAUUCAAGCACCCCUCGACCUUCGACACCCUGGCGAUGGAGCCGAGCAAGAAGAGGCAGAUCAUGAACGACCUCCUCAAGUUCCGGCGAGGGAAGGAGUACUAUGAGCGGAUCGGCAAGGCGUGGAAGCGUGGCUACCUCCUCUAUGGCCCGCCUGGGACUGGCAAGUCCACGAUGAUUGCUGCUAUGGCCAACUUCCUCAACUAUGACGUGUACGACCUAGAGCUGACGACGGUCAAGGACAACACGGAGCUGAGGAAGCUGCUGAUCGAGACGUCCGAGAAGUCGAUCAUAGUGAUAGAGGACAUCGACUGCUCGCUCGACCUGACCGGCCAGAGGAAGACGAAGAAGCAAGAGAAAGACGAUGAUGAAGAGAAAGCAGAUCCUGUCAAGAAAAUGGCGAAAGGCGGGGAAGAGAGCAAGGUCACGCUCUCAGGGCUCCUGAACUUCAUCGACGGGCUGUGGUCAGCGUGCGGGGACGAAAAGAUCAUCGUGUUCACGACGAAUUUCGUUGAGAAGCUCGACCCAGCCCUAAUCAGGAGAGGGAGGAUGGACAAGCGCAUCGAGAUGUCGUAUUGCUGCUUCGAGUCAUUCAAGGUGCUCGCAAGGAAUUACUUGGGCAUCGAGUCGCACCCGCUGUUCACGAGGGUGAAGCUGUUGCUGGAGGAGACGGAGAUGACUCCGGCAGACGUGGCGGAGAACUUGAUGCUCAAGUCGGACGACGAGAACGAGGAGGCUUGCUUGGAGGGAUUGAUCAAAGCGCUCGAAAAGGCGAAAGAGGACGCCCGGAAGAAAUCAGAAGAAGAAGCAGCUGCAGCAAGAGUGAUAGCUGAGGAAGAAGGGUUACAGAAAUUGAGUGAGAGAGAGCAUGAAAAUGGUGGGAGUGGAUGUGCUAAAGAAGUGAAAGAGAAUGGUGUAGUUUGACCAAUAUUCUAGCAACAAAUCCAAUAAAUCUUAGUGUAGUCCUUGGUUGAUUGAUCUUUUAUGGAAGGGGAGUGUGUGCACAAAUAAUUGGUUUACAUUAUGGAAGAAACAAUGUAUAUGUGAUGUUAGAUAAUGUCAGUUA